AUUUUUGCCCCAUCGGCGGAGCAAAACAGGGUGUGGGAGUGUUCGCUUUUCAGGUGGGCUCGGUCGGAGCCGUCGGAGGAGAUCGCCGCCAUCCAUGGAAACGCUGGCCAGCGCCAUGCGGCGCGACAACCGCCGCUUCAAGACCCCGCCCUCCUCCUCCGCCGCCGCCGCCUCCGCCGGCAGGGUCCCCCUCGUCAUGGCCUUCCUCGCCUGCCUCGCCUGGGUGUACGUCGCCGGCCGGCUAUGGCAGGACGCGCAGACCCGGGCGAUCCUCUCCGGCCUCCUCGAGAAGAGCACCGGCAGUCUCCCCAAGGAGAUCUCGGUGGACGACAAGCUGAGGGACCUCGGAUGCACUGGGAUUGGGAGGAAGAUCGCCGAGGCGGAGAUGGACAUUGCCAAGGCCAAGAGCGAGGGCUACCUGUGGGGAAAUGGGACUGGUGCCGGUGCUGGGGGUUCCGACCGGAAGAAGUUCCUCGCGGUCAUUGGAGUUUACACCGGCUUUGGCUCCCGGCUCAAGAGGAACACCUUCCGUGGCUCCUGGAUGCCCAGAGGUGAUGCUUUAAAGACGCUUGAGGAAAAGGGUGUGGUUAUUCGUUUUGUUAUUGGCCGGAGUCCUAAUCGAGGUGAUAGCUUGGACCGUAAUAUUAACGAAGAAAGCAGAAAGACAAACGAUUUCUUGAUUCUGGAAAGUCACGAGGAAGCUGCAGAGGAAUUACCUAAAAAAGUUAAGUUUUUCUUCAGUGCAGCAAUAGAAGCUUGGGAUGCAGAGUUCUACGUCAAGAUUGACGAUAACAUUAAUCUUGACUUGGCUGGGUUAAUUGAGAUGCUUAACGCCCGUCGAGGUAGCCAAGGGUUGUACAUGGGCUGCAUGAAAUCAGGAGCUGUCGUUAGUGAAGAGGAGCAACAAUGGUAUGAACCUGAAUGGUGGAAAUUUGGAGAUUCAAGGACGUAUUUUCGCCAUGCUGCUGGUUCUUUAUUUAUCCUCUCAAACAAUUUGGCUCGCUACAUCAACAUAAACAGUGCAUCGCUGCAGAGCUAUGCGCAUGAUGACAUAUCAGUUGGUUCAUGGAUGAUGGGGCUUAAUGCCACUUACGUUGAUGACGACCGUCUGUGUUGCCUCAGUCCGGUACAAGAGAAAGUAUGUUCCUUUGGAUGAGCGGAAGGACCAGCCGCCCCCCCUUCUGAUGGUGGUGUCCUGAUGAAGAGGUGUUUUUGUACAUUAGCCAUUUUGUACACACCUAUAGCAGGCAGCCUAUGUGAAUGAUUGAAUGAAUGCAAGAAAUAUAUGAAGAAACUACUUUGAGAUGAAAACAUUCUUUUACGGCUUUAUGCUACCAGCAUACUUCAUUCACAGUUAACAGAGUGUAGUAGAACA